UAUUUUUCUACUUUUUAUUUUACCGUUCCUUCACCAUUCAUGAUUUAUGUUAUGUAUCAAGGAUCAAAAACGGAGAUAAACGGGCAUGGCGAAACUACAAGGGUUUCUAGGUGACUACGAAACCCUAAAAAAGCUGCCAAUGGGACAUAUUUAAUGCGAAAAGGGGGUUUUGCGUCAAGGGAAGUCGAGGGGACGCUAUUGCGCGUAAAGCACCAUACCCAACGGUAGCAUACUGCAUUAGUUUCAAUGUGGAUAUAAUUUGUUUUUCAAAAAACAUAAUUUGAUCGAAUCAAUGAAAUGACAACCAAAGUGGCCAAAUAGACAUUUUCCGGAACUACAUAGAACAUAGCUCUCCUACUCGUAUUCGUGACGCUCGUACGAACUUCACACACAAAUGCGCCAUCGUUAAAAAUCCUUCCUAAUGCGUAAUCGUAUAUAAAUACCCAGACGACAAACAAAAUAGUCAAGUUGUUCGUGCAUUUCAGACUAGAUCCCAGGUUUGAACAUGGCUCCCGAAGCGACGGACGCGAACGGCGUGCUAUUUGAGAGCGACACAGCGACUCCCGACCUCGGGCUGAAGAAAACAUCGGUCCAGCUAGCCGACGACACGCCGUGGGCCUACGAUUGGCAACACGUUAUACAAGUUCCGUUUCUAUACGUUUUUGGGCUGUACGGAGGCUACCUGUUCCUAGCCGCGGCUAAAUGGCAAACGGGUUUGUUUACUUGCCUGCUGCACUUAAUGGGGUCGCUGGGCGUGACGGCGGGCGCGCACCGGCUCUGGGCCCACAAGGCCUACAAAGCCAAUUUGCCCCUAAAACUCAUUCUUUUACUAUUCCAGACUCUGUCAAUGCAGUAUUCGGUGAUAAACUGGGUGCGCGACCACCGCAUGCACCACAAGUACGUGGACACGGACGCCGACCCGCAUAACGCCACACGGGGGCUGUUCUUCUCCCACGUCGGCUGGCUGAUGGUGCAGAAACACCCGGAGUACGAGCGUAAGAGCAAGUUGCUGGCCAUGAACGAUAUCGAAGGUGAUCCGAUGCUGCGCUUUCAGCAAAAAUAUUAUAUCACCCUGUUGCUGCUGGUCAAUUUCGUUCUCCCCACACUAAUACCGGUCUACAUGUGGAACGAGUCCUCGAUAAACGCCUUCUUCGUGGCCGCGGUAUUCCGUCUCCUAGUAACCUACAACAUGACCGCUCUAGUCAACUCUGCUGCCCACAAGUGGGGCCACAAACCAUACGACAAGAAUAUGCUGGCCUCAGAAAAUUCUCUUCUUUCUCUAGCCUUCGUUGGAGAAGGCUUCCACAAUUAUCAUCACACGUUUCCUUGGGAUUAUAAAGCGGCAGAGCUCGGUAGCAGCAUUUAUAAUUUAAGUACGAUGUUUAUAGAUUUCUUUGCGAAAAUUGGCUGGGCUUAUGACAUGAAGACCGUUUCUGAUGAGCUUAUUCAGAAGCGUGUUGAACGUACUGGAGACGGCUCCCACAAUCUAUGGGGGUGGGGCGACAAGGAUCAGUCUAAAGAAGAGGUAGAUGCAGCUAUUAGAAUUCAUCCUAAAGAUGACUAAUAA